AUGUGCCAAUUCGAAGGCGACGAUAACUGGGUCGAAACGGCCAUGGCUGACGUCAACUUAGUCGCCAACUUCCUUCUCACCAUGAACAAACCAUCUCCAUCUUCUUCUUCACUCUCUCCGCCUCUCAAUCUUCACUGGACCGUCCGUCAACGCCGCUCAAAGUCCCGCACUCGAAAGAUGAAACCCGAUUCGACAAGAGCAAGUCCCACCACGCCUCUCUCCUGGAGCGCCGCCACUUCCGCUAGUGCCGCCGACGGUAACGAAGAGUCCAGCCGUCUCACCAAACCGGUUCACUCUUCAAGAUCUAAGGCUGAGGAGCAAUGUGAAGCCAGUGGCAACAAAAGGCUAAGAAAGAAAAGGUCUCUACCUGAACUACUUGAAGAAGAGAGGUUACUUUUGAAAGAAAGGGGAAAUUUGAAAGAUAGAGUGGCAUCCAUGCAUCUCAAUGUUGAGAAACAAAGAGCCAACAAUGAAAGCUUAAAGAAAAUGAAGAUUGAUUUGGUGUCACAAAAGAACACAGAAACAGCCAGAAUCUCUCUGGUGUCACAAAAGAACACAGAAACAGCCAGAAUCUCUCUGGUGUCUGGAAAAGCUGUUCUUCACACAAUGCGGGUUGUGGACACAAACCAUGGUUCAUUGUCUAAAUUAGUCCAGCCUCAGAUGGCCCAAGUGAAGAAAUCAGUUGUCAUUACGGAGGGUGGUUCAUCAUCUGAGUUAGUCCAGCAUCAGACAGUUCAAGAGAAAAAAUCAGUUGUCAUCGUGGAGGGUGGUUCAUCAUCUAAAUUAGUCCAGCCUCAAACAGCAGUCCAAGAGAAGGAAUCAGUUGUCAUUACAGAGGGUGCUUCAUCAUCUGUGCAACGAGAGGUUCAUCGAGAGAAUAAUAACCGAGCAUUACCAUUCCUGCUGCCUGAUCUAAAUCUACCUCCAGAGGAAGAAUAA